AAAAUAAGUAUAAAUUAAUUAGGGUGCCGUAAUGGAACUUGAUAAACAAUGGCAAUGAAAUGAAAGUGCUUGGAAACUCCAUUUUUUGUCAUUUUGUGUGGAAUUUAAUGCAGGCGUCAAAGUAAGAAAGAGCAGCGGAACCUCACUACUUCCUUGCUCAUUCAUUCCCACUGGUGAUGCCUUUUUGGAUCUAAUCUCAAUUCUGAAGCAAAUAAUGUCUUUCUUCAGGGAACUACUACUCACAAGGAAAACACUUUUUUCCUCUGUCUCUGCUGAAAAGCGGAAGAAAGAGCAUGAUUGUUAUUUACAGAAUGGAAGUGCGGUGCUUGAGGAGCUUCUUGCUUUAUGCGACGGAAAUUGCAGAAUUCCCAUCCGUUACUUCUCUGCCAUAGAGAUCCACAAUGCAAUCAGACACUCUAAAAGCAAAAUGGACCUUUCUGAUGUGUCUAUGGUUACGGGAUUACUAGACAACCGCCCCGUUUUAGUUAGGUUCAAUACAUGUGAAUUCAACAAUAUCCACCGAGAUAUAGCGAUUACUGCUCAGAUGAGUCAUCUGAAGAAUGUGUUGAGACUUGUCGGUUGCUGUCUAGAAUUUGAACAACCAGUUAUGGUGUAUGAAUAUGUUGAAGGUAUAUCUCUUUUCGAUCUACUUUUCAAAAAGGAUAAUCUUAAUAGAAAAUCGCUAUGUUGGGGAAAUAGAUUACGAGUUGCACGUGAGGUUGCUUCUGCAAUCCUUUUCCUCCAUACUGAAUUUACUACUCCCAUCAUCCACAGAGAUAUAAAGCCUCGCAAAGUGAUAAUAGAUGACAAGAGUGGUGUUGCCAAAAUAUUGGACUUCUCACUCUCCAUAUCAUUACCUCCAGGGGAAUUGGAGGUAGUAGUUGAUGUGUAUGGAACAUUAGGGUAUGUAGAUCCAAAAACUAUCGCCUCAGGUAUUAUUACUCAAAAGACUGAUGUCUACAGCUUUGGGGUUCUUCUCUUUCAGCUAUUAACCAGAAAGAAUGUGAACGAUUAUGAAGAAAACGCUAAAUCAAAUACUGAAGAGGGUAAUUCUAUGGAUAGAGUGGAUUCUACAAAUUCAAAAGAGACAACAGAUUUUAAAAAUGUUCCAACCAGUUACUUUUUGGAUCACUAUAUCAAAGAGGGUAAUGUACUGGAUAUUGUGGAUCCAACUAUCUUAGAAGAGCAUGGAAUGAAGAUUCAACAACAGUUGGAAGACUACUUGGAUCUUGUUAAGAAAUGCACAGCUAACAACGGAGAUGAUAGGCCAUACAUUAUUCAUGUUGCAAGGGAAUUAAGCCGAAUUGAAAAGUGUUUCCGUGCC